GACUGUGAACCGUGGAGCUGAGCACGGGUCUGACACGGAUUACCUGGAUGCCGGUUUCUACUCUGCGCUGGAUUUCCUUCCAUUCUCGUGACUGAUUUAAAACUUCAUCCUCGUUUUGUUUUUCUUUUUCCUUUAGUGGAUUCAGCAUUAAUAGCCAUGCUUUUGCACAUACUGCCUUUACUGGUGAUCGUGGAGUCCUGCUGCGCUCAUCUCCAGUCUGAGGGUCCCGACGGAGCCGCGCGUCAGGCUCCCGGGGUCCCGCCGCCGGCCGCGGAGCCGCGCGUCUUUACGCACGACAGCAGCAACCGGGACAUGGUCUCCAUCAGCAUGUUCAAAGUGUACGAGAGGUACAGCAAAGAGCCGCAGAGCCGGAGGGAAGGGAACACCGUGAGGAGCUUUAAAGCUGUCCCGAGAGUGUUACAAGGCAAAGAGGUGUUUCAGUUCAACCUCUCCUCCAUCCAGACCUCCGAGCUCAUCCUCUCCGCUUCUUUCCACUUCCUCUACAAGCGGCCGCGCCACCCGCACAGGCCGUGGCGUUUCCGUAAGCCCCGCCACCUGCAUCCCCACCCCCCCUCCUCCCAGAUCCUCUUCCACGGAUUGUCCCCGAGCCCGGGGCUCGCCGCGCCGCUGGGAAACAUAACUCUGGCGCCUUUUCGAAAAGGCUCCUGGCAAGCGAAGGAUGUAACGGCGCUGGUGAAACGUGCCAGGGAUGUGCGGGAGCUCGUGGUCACGGUGGAGUUUGAUAUGGAGGCCGAGGGGCCUCGCAGGAGCCCGCACGGCCAGGAGCGGCUCUCCCCGGCCAACCUGCCGUACAUCCUGGUGUACGCCGACGACCAGGCUAUUGACGAGCCCAACAGCGUGGCCGUGUCCCUUCAGAGGUACGGCCCUUUUCCCACGGGGGAGGAUGCGGCGACCUCGGCCUCGAGAAUCCGGCGGGAACUUCACCUCCAGAUCCAAAACAACGACAUCCCGGAGGUCCAGUUCAACACCUUGAAGAACCACGAACUGUGGCAGAACACGUAUUUCCCCGCAAAGGCCAAAGCUGCAGUCAAGCCAGGAAGGAAGCAGGGCCAGGCCAGCAGCGAGGGCCUGGGAAAAGCACAAGUGCUGACUUUUGAUGAGAGGACGAUGAAGAAGGCCCGGAGGAGGCAGUGGAGCGAGCCCAGGGUUUGCUCCAGGCGCUACCUCAAGGUGGACUUUGCUGACAUCGGCUGGAGCGAGUGGGUGUUGGCACCAAAAUCGUUUGACGCCUACUAUUGUGCCGGCACCUGCGGGUUCCCCAUACCGAAGGUGGCCCGUCCCUCCAACCACGCCACCAUCCAGAGCAUCGUCAGAGCCGUGGGGAUUGUCCCCGGCGUCCCCGAGCCGUGCUGCGUCCCCGACAAGAUGAGCCCCCUCUGCGUUCUCUUCCUGGACCCCGGCAGGAACAUGGUGCUGAAGGUCUACCCCUCCAUGUCCGUGGACACGUGCUCCUGUCGGUAGGAGGCGGAGAUGCGCCCGGCUGAAGGCUGGGACCGGGGACGGGUUUGAACGUGGACUUGGUGAACGGCAGGAAAGCGCGUGUCAGAUCAAAGAAAGGCUGCGGCAACAAGCAGUGAGGACGGCAGAACCGUUCAUCUUAAAAUCGUGGACUCCGCCGCGAUUGGACUCCUGUAUUGCUUUUCUCCCUUUGUGUUUCCCACCUCUCUUCAGAAAGUACUUGGGGAUGUGGUCCUGAAGAAGGCUGUGCUUGUAACUCUGUGUUGACUAGCUCCACAUCCUGCUGGUAGAUCAAGUUCCCAUUGAUCCCUAAUGACCUUUUCCUGUCCUUGUUUUCCAGUUGUCACAGCAUAUAAAGUGAUUUUAAGAAGGGCUUGUUUGCUUCGGAGUCAGCACGGACUCAGUCUGAGCCCGGCUUUGGAAACCUCAGAAAAGUUUCAUGGGAGGAGCUUGGAAAACCUGUGAAAUCCCACCCUGGUUGAACUGAUGUACUCUACACUGAAACAGACUCUUUGCCAAAUAAGCGGCCCUCAUGGUGUGAUUACUAAGUGGUACUUUUUCAGAAGUGGCGCGACGUUCGAUGUUUAUCCUGCAUGAAGCGUCACAUGACUUCAUUCCUGCAGUUAUUUGUUCAUACCUUGUACAUAAUGAGUAUUUUGUGUAUCAAAAGCCUUAUUUUGCAGGUCUGUGCUGCCUGUUUGGAGCGUCCCGGGGUAAAAACUAAAAACAGUGCAUUGCUGCCACCUGCUGUGCAUUUUGUGAAAGUUGAUUUAUGGACUUCAAUAAUCCCCUUUGAGAACACUGUCUGUCCUAAAGGAUGUGUGCAGGUUGUCUCAUGUACGGUUAAAGAAUUUCACUGCAGAUUCACCUCAUAUUAGUACAGCUGAAUUGUAAUUCAUUCAGUCGUGAUAUUGAUGUGUGCUUUUACAUGUCGUAGAGAUUAUGUAUGCUUGGAACGGAAAUGCGUUGAAUUUGUACAUAGACUCAGUGAGACUUGUUGAAAUAACUUUCCUAAUAAUAACAGUAUGUGCACAUAUGAGCUGAGCGUAAUGUGCUGCAUUCCAUAUAUUUACCUGAAAUGACGUUACGUUACAUUAAAUAGCAUUUUGAAGUUUAUUUAAAGCUUGAGCUAAUAUCUGAGUUUGUUUCUGU